AUGAUAACACAUUGGCCAUGCUCUCCGACUCAGAGCCAACAUGGGUAUGUCGUUAUUAUCGCAUCUCCAGCAGCAGUCUGUCCUUGUUUUUGUCUUUGUCCUGUGGAAGGCAUCAUACUUAUAAUUGUGACCCAUCAGGUAACACACCUCUCCCGCACAUGGCGGUCGAACAUAGACGAGAAGUUCAUUGAACCAGCGAGCUCAGACAACUUCGCCGUUUCAGGUGCCACUGCUGAAGAUGACCUUCAUUCACAAGUGUCGCGUUAUCUCAAUCUAUCUCCACAGACGCGGAAUCACGAAGCAUCUGACGAGCUCGAGUCCACGGAGACUUUAUAUGGUGCGUCACCUCCCCUCUGCGAGCUGGGCCAUCAAUAUGACCUGGAAGAAAUGAUAGAGAACAGCGUGAUAGAUGCCCUGCAUAAUUUAUACGUCAAAGCUCACGCACGGAACUUCCUCAUAACCGACAUCCCGCCAAUGGAUCGAUCGCCCGCAGCAUUGAACACAGACUCUCAGUCCUCUCUCAAAGAUCUCGUGACCGCAUGGAACGCACAUCUGAACUCACACUGCUCCUCUUUCACACUGUCAACACCACAAGCUACAAUCCUCCUCUUCUCUGCGCAUACCGUAAUAUCAGACAUCCUCGACGAUCCUCAAGAUUACGGCUUCAGGGACGAGGAUGUGACGGGGGAAGGAGGUAAGAUAUGGAGUGACGAAUUGCAUUUGACGGGAGAGGUGCAUAAAGUGCUUGCGGAGAGGAUAGUCAGGGCUUUGUCCAGUUUGGAAGGCAAGUCAGUUUCGAAGGGUGGCGCGGAGGAAUCGCAAUCAACGAAGAGGAAGCGCGGAGAGAAAGAGGUAAGUUUGCUAUCGUUGAUUUGA